AUGCCACACACAUCAACUGUAACCCAGGCCAACGGCGUUCUAGACACAGCAAAAGGCGCAGACGCAUAUGGCAAGAGGAACUUGAAAACCUACAACACCCUGGUCUUUGGGGUCGUAACGCCCUACGGCUGGAAGUGUUCGGCUGAGAAGCUGACCGCAUUUUUCAACCGCAACAUAUUCUCCGCCGCCGAGGCCUACAAAUCUAGCCCAGAAAGUGCACAACGCACCCGUGUCCUCGACAUUGGGGUUGGAACGGGAUAUUUUCCCUCCAGAGCCUCGCUCCCGAAAUGGACCGAAUAUGUCCUAGUCGACUUGAACGAAACUUGUAUGCAGGUUACCCUACCCGUUAUCCAAAAGGCACACCCAGAAAUCGCUGGAGAUAUAAAGUGUGUCGUCGGCGAUUUUCUCGCCCAGGGGGAUGAUCCCAAAAGCCUUUUCGCCAAGGGGGGCGGUUUGCCCGAGGGCGGCUUUGACGCCAUAUCCCUCAUGUUUCUUCUCCAUUGCUUGCCUGGUCCGCCCUCACGCAAGGCUGAGGCGUUGGGACGUAUGGGCCGCCUUCUGAGGCCUGGAGGAGUUGUAUUUGGGGCUACUAUCUUGGGAAAAGGUGUGAGCCAUAAUCCAUUGGGGUACCUUGUACUAUGGUUGAACAACUACCUCGGGGUAUUUGACAACUACGAAAAUGAUGCUGUAUCGUUUCUUUUACCUCUUCAGAAAAAGUUUGAAGAUGUUCGCUAUGAAGUCGUGGGCUGCAUGCUUCUUUUUGAGGCCAGGCAGCCUCGAUUUUAG